UGUUUACAAUUUUCAGCUGAAGUUUUCAACUCGUUGCGUAAACACAUCGGCGGUGUCCGUCGGCGACCGGAUCGCCGGAAUUUCGUGAUUUUUCAACAAAGUUCCUGUCCCGCGCGUUCAAACCAAGAACCAUGGUGCUGCUGAAAACCUUCACUGCCACGUUGGCCAACGUGCUGCGACGGACCGCGGCGGCAGUCCCGGCGAGGACACUCCACCAAAGUGCCCCCCUGUUCAAGGUGGAAGAUCGCAAGGCCAUGCUGGCCUCGCUGCCCGGCAAGGACGAGGGCACCAUCGGCGAGCGGUCCAUCGACAUCGAUUCCAUGAUCCUUAAAAAGGACCGCUUCUUCCCGGAUGCGGACACGCCGACCACCCUUUUCGGUGGGGUGCCCUUCAACGAGAUUCCCAUCUGCAACAUCCGGGUUUCGCCGAACAACACGAUCAUCACGAUUUGCGACGCCAAGGGCGCGCCGCAGUUUAUCCGGUCGUGCGGAAUCGAGGGCUUCAAGAACACCCGGAAGGGGACGAACAUUGCGGCGCAGGCGACGGCCAUCAGUAUUUGCACGAAAGCGAUCGAGCGCGGCUACAAGACGGUCCGGGUGACGGUGCGCGGCCUCGGCCCCGGCCGCAUGUCCGCUAUCAAGGGCCUCGAGAUGGCCGGCAUGAACAUCGUGUCCAUCACGGACAGCACGCGCGUCUCCUGGAACCCGCCGCGCCCCCGCAAGCAGCGCAAGCUGUAAACUUGGGUGGGAGACUUUUGUUGGAUUUGGAAUAGAGAAAGAUUUUUUUUU